AUGUACAAGCAGGCGACACAGAAGACGGGCGAGGUCCUGUCGCUGCCUCCGAAAUGGCUCGGGAUGUAUUCCGACUUCAUCGCUAAGAACAGCAGCGCCGUAUCGCAGAUAGAGUCAGCCCUGCGAUCGCUAACAUACAUCAUUCCCGGCCGAUUCCGCGAGUCUGAGAUCGCGUCUGAAUCUCUGCACAGCGGCGUCCAACUCCUCUCACUGUAUCAUGAUUCCCUUCUCGCAAAAGCCGCUGCUCGCACACCUGGAGCUCAGCGACAGCACCCAUCAAUCCACAGCCGCUACACAAAGUUCUGGACAGAUCGGUCACCAACCUACAAGCGAAUCGCGCUCGUGCUCCAGAUGAUUCAAUACACGGAACUACUGUGGGAGAUGGCAGCAAAAAGGAAGGGAGAGAAGGUGCGGUGGCGCGUCAUAGUGCUACUGGAGGUCGUGAAAGCCGUGUGUCGACUGCUCCUGUUGCGGUUGACGAACUCUAGACCAUUGGUAUCGCCACCUCUACCCCAGAGGGAGCUCGACCCGAGUUCCUUGGAGGAGUCAUCGGCAUCAACGAACGGCAUGGACACUCCCCCGACGGAGCAAGAGGCGGAAGCGGAGAAUUGGACGAUGCCACGGACAGGAUUAUCGAUGCCGAAGAUACCGGAUGCAUCCGAAAUUUCGAGCUAUUUGCUAUCGAAGGUACUCACAGCCGAUGAUAUCAAGCCGCCAAAGGCACUUUUGCACCGUGUUAGCGGAAAAGGUGAAGUUGCUGAGGUUCUGUACAUCUUGCGUCCCGUCGUCUAUGCAUUGGCCAUGCAGCACUUCAGUGGAGACCGGAAGAGCUGGCGCCCUUGGUUGAUCGGAGUUGGACUGGAGUAUGGUGCCAGACAGCUCACGAAGAAAGACUUCCAGGAGAGACUAGCUGGUGGACUAAGAGGCUUGACAGGGUUGGAGAAGGAAGAGUUGAGAAAGCGCGGCUGGUCGUUAGGCUGGUGGAUGAUGCGCGGCGCUUUCUAUGAGAACAUUACCAAGGCCUGGAUACAUGCCGUUACACGGAAACUGCGGAACAAGCCACUCCUAGACAUCGUCGGUGGUGUCAUUGAGGACUACGAGUUCCUCUGGGAUCAGUAUUACUUCCCCACUGCCACUCUUUAG